GAGGAGGAAUCGGUGUCUACUCUGGCGAGACCGCGGUGGAGCACGAAGUGCGCGGAGGUCUGGCCGCCAGGCGGGUGACCGCUGCACCGAGCCCAGGGCCGCCCAGGGGACUCAGCACCAAGUUAGCGCGCGCUGAGAGCAGGCGUCGGGCCGCUGAGCCCCGUCGGUCGGCCGGGCGCAAAGCCCCGGCCUAGGCCCCGCGGAGAUGUCCAGCUGCGGCGCUUGUAGUUGCGGCGCGGCGGCCGCCCGGCUCCUCACCUCCUCGCUCGCCUCCGCGCAGAGAGGCAUUUCUUGUGGUCGCAUUCAUAUACCAGUUUUAGGACGGUUUGGAACCUUUGAAACUCAGAUUCUGCGAAGAGCUCCUCUUAGAACCUUUACAGAAACACCAGCAUACUUUGCCUCUAAAGAUGGGACAAGUAAAGACGGCUCUGGAGAUGGAAAUAAGAAAUCAGUCAGUGAGGGAAGCAGUAAGAAAUCAAGCUCUGGGAAUUCUGGGAAAGGUGGAAAUCAGCUGCGCUGUCCUAAAUGCGGUGACUUGUGCACACAUGUAGAGACCUUCGUAUCAUCCACCCGUUUUGUCAAGUGUGAAAAAUGUCAUCAUUUUUUUGUUGUGCUAUCUGAAGCAGACUCAAAGAAAAGCAUAAUCAAAGAACCUGAAUCAGCAGCAGAAGCUGUAAAAUUGGCAUUCCAGCAGAAACCACCUCCUCCCCCCAAGAAGAUCUAUAACUACCUCGACAAGUAUGUUGUUGGUCAGUCAUUUGCGAAGAAGGUGCUUUCAGUGGCUGUGUACAACCAUUACAAGAGGAUAUAUAACAACAUCCCGGCUAAUCUGCGACAGCAAGCAGAGGCUGAGAAGCAGACAUCCUUAACACCCAGAGAGUUAGAGAUCAGAAGACGGGAGGAUGAAUACAGAUUCACAAAAUUGCUGCAGAUUGCUGGAAUCAGCCCACAUGGUAACGCUUUGGGAGCAUCAAUGCAGCAACAGGUGAAUCAGCAAAUACCUCAGGAAAAGCGAGGAGGAGAAGUAUUGGACUCUGCUCAUGAUGACAUAAAACUUGAAAAAAGUAACAUUUUGCUGCUUGGACCAACUGGGUCAGGUAAAACCUUGCUGGCACAAACUCUAGCUAAAUGCCUUGAUGUUCCUUUUGCUAUCUGUGACUGUACGACUUUGACUCAGGCUGGAUAUGUGGGUGAAGAUAUUGAAUCUGUGAUUGCCAAACUCCUCCAGGACGCCAAUUAUAAUGUAGAAAAAGCACAGCAAGGAAUUGUCUUUCUGGAUGAAGUAGAUAAGAUUGGCAGUGUGCCAGGCAUUCACCAGUUACGGGAUGUAGGUGGAGAAGGCGUUCAGCAAGGCUUAUUAAAACUACUAGAAGGUACAAUAGUCAAUGUUCCAGAAAAGAAUUCACGAAAGCUACGUGGGGAAACAGUUCAAGUUGAUACAACAAAUAUCCUGUUUGUUGCAUCUGGCGCUUUCAAUGGUUUAGACAGAAUUAUCAGCAGGAGGAAAAAUGAAAAGUACCUUGGAUUUGGAACACCAUCUAACCUGGGAAAAGGCAGAAGAGCUGCAGCUGCUGCAGACCUUGCUAAUAGAAGUGGGGAGUCAAAUACUCACCAAGACAUCGAAGAAAAAGAUCGGCUGUUACGUCAUGUGGAAGCCAGGGAUCUCAUUGAAUUUGGCAUGAUUCCUGAGUUUGUGGGACGGUUGCCUGUAGUUGUUCCUUUGCAUAGCCUAGACGAGAAAACACUUGUACAGAUACUAACUGAGCCACGCAAUGCUGUUGUUCCUCAGUACCAGGCUUUAUUCAGCAUGGAUAAGUGUGAACUGAAUGUUACUGAGGAUGCUUUGAAAGCUAUAGCCAGAUUGGCCCUAGAACGAAAAACAGGUGCACGAGGCCUUCGGUCCAUAAUGGAAAAGCUGUUACUAGAACCAAUGUUUGAAGUCCCUAAUUCUGAUAUUGUCUGUGUGGAGGUUGACAAAGAAGUAGUAGAAGGGAAAAAGGAACCAGGAUACAUUCGGGCUCCAGCGAAAGACUCCCCUGAAGAGGAGUACGACUCUGGCGUUGAAGAGGAAGGAUGGCCUCGCCAAGCGGAUGCUGCCAAUAGCUAAGCCGUCAGACCCCCGUCCUGUGUAUACAGCUCUUCCUUCCUUUGUCUAGGGUCGUAACUGUUUCUACAGUCUGACAUUAAAGGCAUUGAUCUGUCUGGCUAUCAUACAUGGUCAGAGCCUUUAGGAUAAGAAUCAGAUCAUGUAUAUUCUAGUAACAUCACAUUGAUUUAUACAGAGAACAUUACAUGGACUUUAAUGACACAAUGUUUAGAGAUAAAAUGUACAUUAUUUUGGUUCAGUUUUUUUAAAAUGUGCUUUAACAAAAUUCUUAGGAGUUCUUUGAAGCAAUGCAGAUAUUGGAAUAACUGUGGAUUUUACAAUAAUGUCACUCUACAAAUGGGAAAAUAAAUUCUUUAAAAUUAAA